AUGAGUUUUGGCAGUUUAUUCAGAAUUGGAUUAGAGGUUACUUUGGUGGGAAUGUUAUUAGCAGCUGUUAGAAGAAACACAGGUUAUAUAUUUGCGUAUGAAAAAUAUGGAAUAGCUAAAUAUAUAUACAAUUUCUUAAGUUAUGGAGAUUAUUGUUAUAGAAUGUUUAGUGAUUAUUGUAGGACAAGUUCAUAUUUCCGUAAAGUAUCCAAAGAUCUUGAUUAG